AUGGCGGCCGCCUCGACUAUACGAAGACGGGCGAGCCGCAGCACAGAUGCAAGUCAACUACAUACAAGGCAGAAUAACCGACCGCUCGGCGGCGGCGAAGACGGAGGCGGGAUAGGUGGAAGUGCUGUCAUCAUCGGGGCGGUCGCUGGGAUAGUUCUCUUCCUCACCGCCUGCGCCGUCUUUUAUACCAUGCUCCGAAGAUGGCGUGUCCAAGGAAAGAAACCAAAGUAUCUUCCUGGGAAAUUCCUGAAACAGAAAUGGCAACAGUGGCAGCCUAGUGGAAAAUACAAUGCUGUCCGCAAUCGAGAUCUUUCUUCCACGAAUACCGCAUACAAUGGCAGGGAACUCGAGUCUGGAGCUGGGGGUGGUGCGGGUGUAGACCGGAACACGAGCGUACGAUCCGUGAUGACAUUGCCUGCGUACUCAAGGACGCCCAAAGAUACCGAACAGGUGAUCGGGCGAGAAGGCGAGCGAGGUGGUAUGGAUACCGUCGUGGAGUUUCCGGAGACAGUGGACGAAGAAGAGAACCGCCGUGAAGAACAGAUGGAGUCCUUAUAUCAGAUCCGCCUCGCCCGACGACGAGAAAUUGCAGAACGGGAAGAACGACGGCGGGAACGAAGAGAGGCUCGUGACAGGGGAGACACGGCUCGACUGGAGCAGCUGAGGCGAGAAUCUCGGCAGCGGGCCAGUGAAAGCGCCGCUUCCCUCAAUGGCGGUGCCAGCGUUUCUGCUGCCACGCUCAUUGCAGAGCACCAGUCCCGCGGCCGCGAAAGCAGAGUAUCGAGUGUGGCCUACGGUUCCCUGGGCGAAGUCCGACACGACGGAACCCGGCUUCGAGCGAACAGCAACGACUCGGAAAGAGGUGGACUGUUGAGUGGAGCAGCACCUAUGGGGCAGAACACUGGCCGAGCUCGUGGCCUUUCAGAUGCCACAUCGAUGCACAGCCGCGAACGCUCGGGGAGUGCUAUAAGCAUUUCAACCAUGGGUUCAGACAGCUAUCCUCAACCUACUCCUGGCUCCGAGAGAAGACAAAGCGAUGACCCACAAAGUGGUGGUACAUCUAACUCUUCUCCCACGGCUAACCGAUUCACGCCUGAUGAAAGCACCGGCUCAGAGGACAUUGGCGAAUCCCGGUUACAGCCCUCGGAUCUAGGCGACGCAAACCGUCCGCCCGACUACGAGUAUCUCGAAUGGGGCGAUGCUCCUUCCUACGAGGCUGCCAUCGCACGCCGCGCGACUGCUGCUAGUCGGCGGUCAGGUGCUCCCAGCAGAGCACCGACGAAUGCAAGUCUUGCACCUCAAUUACCACAGCUGAACCUGCCGAGGAUCAGCGUAUCGGGAGCAUCGGAGCCGAACACACCUGUAUCCCCCAGUAUCCAGUCCGCUCCCUCAAAUACUGUGUCCCCAACUUCGCCUGUGGCAACAAGUAAUAUGGACACAGUAGUGGAGAAUGCACGAGCGGCGGUGAAUCCCAAUUCCCAGGUGGGGAACCGGCCAUGA